CCUCACCCCGUUUUUACUCUCCCAUCAAUCCAAACCAACAAAGCUUCAUCAACCCAGUUUUAGGGCGCAUGAUUAAAUUGUUGCGGCAAACUGGUCUGCGGCUGCCAUGUAUCAUCAACCCACCUUCGAUUAUUUCAAAAGGGAAGUAUUUUUCAGCCCAAGCUGCUCAACAAAUUUGCAUAGAUUAUGCAAAACCAACGCCUUUUCUCUCACCCGGGAACCUCAAUUCCUACCUCUAUGGAAGUUCGAUUCAAGAAUGUAUGAUAAAUCAUGACCUUAUCAAAGGUCAAGCCUUUCAUUGUCAAAUUCUGAAGAAAGGUAAUUGUCUUGACCUUUUUGCCCGCAAUGUUCUGCUCAAUUUUUACGUCAAAUCUGACCUGCUCCCUCAUGCAUGUAAACUGUUUGAUGAAAUGCCUGAAAGAAACACCAUUUCAAUGGUUACCUUAAUUCAGGGACUAGGUAAAGCUGGUCGCUUUACCGACGCUCUGUCGUUUUUCUCUAUGAUUCACAGGGAAGGCCAUGAGUUGAAUCCCUUUGUUUUUACUACAGUUUUGAAAUUGUUUGUUAGUAUGGAAUAUCCGCAAUUGGGUUGGAAUAUUCAUGCUUGUAUUUACAAGCUUGGACAGGAUUGUGAUGCAUUUGUGGGCACUGCUCUUAUUGAUUCCUAUUCCAUGUGUGGGUUUGUGGGUAUUGCGAGGGAUGUGUUUGAUGGGAUUUUAUUCAAAGACAUGAUUUCUUGGAGUGGAAUGGUGGCUGGCUAUGCUGAGAAUGCUUGCUUCGAGGAGGGGUUGCAACUUUAUGUGGAGAUGCUGAGGGUGGGUUUCAUGCCCAAUAAUUUCACUUUGGCUAGUGGCUUAAAGGCUUCUGUUGGGUUGGGGGGAGUGUGUGCUGCGAAGAGUAUUCAUGGGUGUGCUUUUAAAACUGGUUAUGAGAAGGAUAACUACGUAGGCAUUGCCCUCCUCGACUUGUACACUAAAUUUGGUGACCUUUGUGAAGCGGAGGUAGUGUUUAAAGAUAUGCCGAAAAAGGAUGUGAUCCCUUGGAGCUUUAUGAUUGCACGCUGUGCACAGACUGACCGGAGUGAUUUGGCUGUAGAUAUAUUUCAUCAGAUGAGGAAAGCUUGCGUCAUGCCUAAUCAGUUUACUUUGGCUAGUAUGUUGCAGGCUUGUGCAAGUAUGGCUAGUUUGCAUAUGGGGAAGCAAAUGCACUGCAUUGUCAUGAAGGUUGGCCUUGAUUCUAAUGUGUUUGUCUCUAAUGCCCUUAUGGAUGUUUAUGCAAAGUGUGAAAGGAUUGAGGACUCUUUGGCAUUGUUUGAGGCCUCAGCAAACAAAAAUGAUGUCACCUGGAACACUAUGAUUGUCGGAUAUGGCCAAUUAGGGGAUGGCGAGAAAGCAUUGAUAAUGUUUAGAUGUAUGCUUGAGCACAACGUGCUGCCGACUGAGGUAACAUAUUCUAGUACGCUACGUACUUGUGCCAGCUUAGCGGCAGCUGAUUCUGGAAGGCAGAUCCAUGCGUUUACUGUUAAGACGAAAUUUGACAAAGAUAGCGUGGUAGGUAAUUCUUUAAUAGAUAUGUAUGCCAAGUGUGGAAACAUUAAGCCUGCUCGCUUAAUAUUUGACUCAAUGGAAAAACGGGAUGAAGUUUCAUGGAAUGCUAUUAUUUCAGCAUAUGCCAUGCAUGGCCUUGGUAAGGAGGCAUUAAGAAUGUUUGAAAGGAUGCAGAGAACAGACUGUAAACCAAACAAGUUAACUUUCGUUGGUGUUCUAUCAGCUUGCAGCAACAUGGGACUAUUAGAUGAAGGGCAAGCCUAUUUCGCCUCAAUGAUCAGGGACUAUGGCAUAGAACCAUGUGUAGAGCAUUAUACAUGUAUGGUAUGGCUUUUGGGGAGAUCAGGCAAUCUUGAUAAAGCUAUGAAAUUGAUUAUGGAAAUGCCGUUUGAGCCUAGUAUUAUGAUAUGGCGUGCUGUUCUCGGAGCUUGUGUCAUACACAAGAAUGUCGAGCUAGGCAAGGUUGCCGCUGAACAUGUGCUUGAAAUGGAGCCACAGGAUGAGUCGGCUUAUGUUUUACUAUCUAAUAUUUAUGCGUCUGUGAAGAGAUGGGGGCAUGUAACUCAUGUCAGGAAAAGCAUGAAAAAGAAAGGAGUGAAGAAAGAACCAGGAUUAAGUUGGGUUGAGAUACAGGGUGACUUACAUUACUUCAGUGUAGGUGAUACAUCACAUCCUGAUAUUAGGUUAAUAAAGGGGAUGCUUGAAUGGUUGAAGAUGAGAAUCUACCGAGAAGGAUACAUUGCUAAUUGCAAUGUAGUUCUGCUUGAUGUAGAAGAUGAAGAAAAAGAGCGCUUCGUGUGGUCACAUAGUGAAAGAUUAGCUUUGGCCUUUGCUUUAGUUAGGACACCGCUGGGUAGUCCUGUGCGUAUACUUAAAAAUCUCCGAAUAUGUGCAGAUUGCCAUGCGGCAGUCAAGCUUAUAUCAAAGGUCGUUCAGCGAGAAAUUGUUGUCCGGGAUAUUAAUCGGUUCCACCAUUUUCAGGAUGGUAGCUGCUCCUGUGGUGAUUAUUGGUGAAUUCUUGCCGAACAUCACAAAUUGCGUGUUGUGGGAAUUAAAUAUGUCAUCUUCUUGACUGGUUUUUGAAAAGGUUCUAAGUCAAAAGUUUCUCAUCGAUGGAACAUUAUCUGGUUUUACAUAAUGUUCGAUAUGGAAUCAGAGAAAUUCAAGUGGAUUGUCAAUACUUGUCAAAAGUUUCAAGUCACCAACGUGAUGAUGCAGCAGUGUCAUUCUUCUUGAAGACAAGUCCGUGUUUAGCCCCAUGGGACUCAAGGUGUGUUAGCUGUAAGGCUAUGCUAUUUAACUGGGGAUAAGUAUGUGAAGGCGAUAGUUCUUUGAAAAAAAGAACGUUUCCUGAAUCCUUAGUGUUUUAUUAGCUCCAAAGCAGCGUGUCUCUUGACUUAAGGUGGUGCAGGGUUACUUGCUUUUCUUCAUAUCGAAUACAGGUGAGUUUGUAUGGAUUCUGGGAGAUGGGAAAUGAUUCUUAUCAGUUUUUGUAUGCAGGUUGUGGAUAGAAACAUACUUGUAGAUGAGAACACUUGCAUAGUACUCCGUUGCUGAAUGAUCGUAUCUUGUGCUUUGCAGAAUAUGGUAUGUAUUGUUGAUUUGAGCUUGUAAUUAUUUAGGGAUAAUGAUCACUUACACAUACAUACAAGCAUAAAAGUAGUAGGUGUUAGAGGGGGACAUCAUCCUGCCAUAUCUAAUAUCUUGGUAGUAAAGUAACAAGGUGGUGGUGGUAGUAGGCAACUAGCCAAGUAACUAGAAGGUGAAGUCAAGUUAUUUCUGUACAAAAUAUGCAAGUAAAGGUUUCUAGAAGGUGCUUAUUUAUGGUGUGCAUUGCCGCAGUAGUGUAAUGUAAUGUAAUCAACUAAUUAAGGCAUUGCCCAGUUUAGAAUGGAGUCAGUCAUUUGAGAACAA